GAUUCCAGGGGAACAAGGAGGGACUUUGAACUGUGGGAUCAGAGAACUAAUCAAGAGGUCUGAGGACGCUCAGACCGGCCAGCAGAACCUGGUGUCACAGCACAGGACUCCCGGGCUAGCUCGCCUCGGGGCUUUUGCUCUCACAAACCUGACCUGGGAUGUCUGACUACUGAGGCUGAAGUCCAGUGGAUGUUGGAGGGAGUUCACCCACAGAGUUGCGUUCACUGCUGGAGGCACUAUGGAUCUGUCCAAGUGUUUACCAAUGAUGAGCGUACUUCUCUUCACCCUUCCCUCUCAAGUCUGUCCCCAGGUUGGACCUCGUGGCCAUGCUGAAGAGAGGCUGCUCAAAGAUCUCUUUGCCCACUACAACAAGCUCUCCCGGCCAGUGGAAAACACCUCAGAUGUGGUGUUUGUGCACUUUGGCCUGUCAAUAGCCCAGCUUAUUGAUGUGGAUGAGAAGAACCAGAUGAUGACUACAAAUGUCUGGGUCAAGCAAGAAUGGAAUGACUACAAACUGCGCUGGAACCCAGAGGAAUAUGAGAACGUCACCUCCAUCCGCAUUCCCUCUGAGAUCAUCUGGAGGCCUGACAUAGUGCUCUACAACAAUGCUGAUGGAGACUUUGCAGUAACUCACCUGACCAAGGCACAACUAUUCCAUGAUGGUCGAAUAAAGUGGAUGCCACCUGCCAUCUAUAAGUCUUCCUGUAGCAUAGAUGUCACCUUUUUCCCAUUCGACCAGCAAAAUUGCAAGAUGAAGUUCGGUUCGUGGACUUAUGAUCGCGCCAAGAUCGAUCUCAUCAGCAUGGCCAAUAACGUGGACCAGAUGGACUACUGGGAGAGUGGCGAGUGGGUCAUUAUCAAUGCAGUGGGCAAGUAUAAUACCAAAAAGUAUGAGUGCUGCACAGAGAUCUAUCCGGACAUCACCUACUACUUCAUCAUUAGGAGGCUUCCGUUGUUCUACACCAUCAACCUUAUUAUCCCAUGUCUACUCAUCUCCUGUUUGACUGUGCUGGUGUUCUAUUUGCCAUCACAAUGUGGGGAGAAGAUCACCUUGUGUAUCUCAGUGUUAUUGUCCCUGACGGUAUUCCUCCUCCUAAUCACAGAAAUCAUACCGUCUACAUCGCUGGUGAUUCCACUCAUUGGUGAAUACCUGCUCUUCACCAUGAUCUUCGUCACACUCUCCAUUAUUAUUACUGUCUUUGUGCUUAAUGUACAUCACCGAUCACCACAAACUCAUGGUAUGCCUCACUGGGUGCGGAGAGUAUUCCUGGACCUGGUCCCUCGAGUCCUCUUCAUGAAGCGACCACCAGCCGCAGCCAAGGAUAACUGCAAGAAGCUUAUCGAGAUGAUGCACCGUCCAACCUCAAUAUCUGCAACAGGCAGCUCACAGGAAUUCUGGGCAGGUUUGGAAACACGGUUGAGACGGAUGAGCCAGCUAGAGGACAUACUCCCAACGUCUCCGUCUGACAGCCCCAACAUCCUUGUCAGUUCCCCUUCUCCAUCCUCCACACCCCUUGAGGGUCUCAGUCUGAAAGAGAACCAAAUGAAGUCCCAGCUUUUCUGCCGGUCCCCAUCUGGCCAAUAUUCACCUCUCCCAGAACAAUCAUACCAACAGGGACACAACUCUUCUCCCUCAUCUUCUUCCCCAUUGUCCACCUUACCCCCUGCCCUGCCACUGGGCCCCCUCCGCACCCUAUCCAGGGAGGACCCAAAAGCACUGGCCCCAAAUGGCCGCUCCCUCAGUGAAGAGCACAUGUCUGACCAUCAGAAGGACCUCCUGCAGGGAGCUGGGCAUCAUUGUCGCAACCGCAGCUUCCAAUACUGCUGUCUACAUGAUGAUGGGACGGGGGCCAAAGAGCUGGUAGGGAGAGUAAAGAAACAAGUCCUUUCAGACCACCCAGCAGAAACAGCCAGUGCAGACUUCACUAAAGACCCAAGUUCCCAGAAGGAUGCCAUUGUCCCCACGAUUUCCCCAGCUAUGCAACGGGCCAUAGAGGGAGUUCAAUACAUCGCUGAUCACCUCAAGGCAGAGGAUGCUGACUUUUCAGUGAAGGAGGACUGGAAGUAUGUGGCUAUGGUCAUAGACAGAAUAUUCCUCUGGAUGUUUGUACUGGUGUGCAUACUGGGAUCUGUGGGGCUCUUCCUUCCACCUUGGCUGGCUGGAAUGAUCUAGGACAUCAUCAUCAGAGGAAUGCAGAGUUCAAGAGCACUGAACAAAAAGACAUUCUGUCCAGUAUUGUAAAAAAAAAAAAAAAAUAUGUUGUGUUUUAACAGAAUUAUGGUUCAUGUUUUCAGUUUCUCUUUUAUCAAGUCCCCCUCUUUGCUCUUGCCCAGGUUAUCAACAGAUUACUCACGGAGAAAUGGGGUGAAAGAUCUUUCAUUGAUUCCUGAGGGCAUAUGAAUUCUUUAUGAGGACCAAAGGCCAGCAGUGAAAACAUCCUUCCUCACCUCUCCAUUUUGAUAUUGAGCUGUAUAGCUCACAUUGUCACCUUCAUAUAAAGAGUGAAAGAUGGACUUCUGUCGAGUGUUUGAGUAAUGAGUGGAAUAGCCUUGGUAGACCUGAAUGGAUUUGGCCUGCCAUAGUAGGACUUUCUAACCACUGGC